GCCCUGUGCUGUGGAGAAGCCGGGCAUCCCAGUAUGGUCCCUGGCUGCCUGGACCCUGAAGCAUGGAGGGGAAUUUCUCUACUGAGAGAAGAAGGGCCAUGAAGAAUAUCAAGCAAUGUGCCAGAAAUAUCCCUAGACUUAAACAACCCCCCGAGAGCCCUGAGGGCCCCCACAGCGCCCCCAUCAAUGGGCCGUCCUGGGUUCCGGUUCGGCUCUCAGGGGAUACCAGCCGGGGCACUUCUGUUCUGGUGUCCAAGGUGAAGGCUUUGAAGGAGAAGAAGGGUGCCCUUAACAAGCAGGGGGACCUGGUGCCCCAGGAACGGGCUUCUCCCAAGAAGGCCAAGGCUCGUAAAGGGAAGCCACCACCGACAGAGCCCGCCCCUCAGGACAUGUUAGUGGAACCACAGUCUCAGAUCCGCACCUACUUGACGGACGGGCUGCUGGACAGCACUCCCUACCCGCAUCUUGGGCCAGACGAAGUCCAGGAGGGGGGGAUGCCUCCAAGCUCGUGUGUGAACGAGACUGCCGCUCCGAAGGGGCCCAGGGCUGCGGGAGGAGGAGCCAACAGUGCCGGCCGGACUUCACCCCAGGAGCUCCAGAGACUGCCUGGGAGGAACGCUCUCGAAAAUAAGGUCUCUUCAGGAAACGUGGCAAGAAAAAUAUCCCAAAAUGGACUGUGUGGAGCCGGUUCCUCAAAGGACCUUCCCUUUGACCGGGAGCCUUCUGAGGAAGCGAAUGGUAAAGAAGACCACCGAUUUCGGGCUAUGGAUUCUGGGAGCAGUUCUUUCCCCUACGGAAAUGACACCUGCGGAGUGGCAACAACUGGGCGGCUUUGGAGAGCCGAGAGCUGGGACAGUCUCGGCAGCGGCGGAAGCAACGCAAGCAGCUUGUCACUGGCUGAGAGAGUGGAGAGAAACCGGGCUAUUCUGCAGGAGAUGCUGAGUGUGCCGGUGCAUAACAGCCCUCAUCCUUCCCAGGAAGGGCAUUCCCUGCUCUGGCACAAGAAGGAAACCCCAGUCCUUGGGAAUGAGAGGCCCGGUAAUGAGAUCCUGGCAAACGACGUAGACGGGGACUCUGGUGUGUCCUUGCAGGACUUGGAAGGCUUCCGGGCCUUUGUUCCCGACCAGGAGCUGGAGCUGAGCCCCCGGCAUGAGCAGGCCAAGCAACUGCUGCAGAGAGCGCGCAUGAAGGCCCGGACGAACCCCCUCCGAGCCAACCACAGCAUCUUGCCCGCUGCACCCCAGGAAAGGAGGGAUGCCUGUGGGUUUGCUGCCGUGGACACAAGGAACUUUGCCUUGAAGGAUGGAGACUCCCAUGCUAGCGGGAACCUAAGUGAUUCAUCUAGCGGGGACUCUAGCUGCGGUCAGCAGGGGAAGCGGGGGCCAUCACCCUCCCGAGUCCGCUUCGAGGAUGAGUCUGCGCGGGACGCUGAGGUCCGCUACUUGGAACGCCUGCAGCAGCGCCAGAAGCGGGUCUUAGACUCAGUCCUCUUAUCUCUUGGACAGGGCCCGCUUGCCUCCAAACCAGACCUUUCAGAUUAUAUAAAUGGCGACCUCCAACGGAAGCAGAACGAAGAACAGCCAAACACUCAGCAAAGCAUCAGGGGGCGCUCUGAGAAGGGAAAACCUCUUAUGGUCAACAUGGAAGGAAAAUGCAGUGCCUGUGGCUCUUACAUCACCAAUGCGGCAGCCAAUCAGAACCCAGAUGCCAGAGUCAACUCAGCUGGGAACGUCAUGCCUCAAACCUGCAACAUCCCUCAAGAAAGCAAAAAUCUUUCCCAGGCCCAUGAAAGCAAAGAGCUCAGUGCGUGCCAAGAGGACUCGCGAACAAGGACUCUGGGUCCCAAAGGAACCCCACUGUGGAUCCUUCCUUCUCGGCAGCGUGUUUACACGGAACGUAUCAGGGAAACUUAUAUUGGAGAAGUGACUUGCAUAGACGAUGUAGAUUCGGCUCUAGACAGCACCACUGAUACGUCAGAUAGCUACAGGACAGACAGUGAAGAGGCCGGGACCAACAGCUGCCGGAUGGUGGACAAAAAUAACUGUCGUGGUAGUUCCUGUCCUGAUCCUAAGGUUUCUUGUCCUUCAGAGAAGGGCAGGAGGGCUGACUGGGAGAGGCACAGGGUGAAUGGCGUCUGCAGUGCCAGUGGGGUGAAGAUCUGGGAUACCGGGCCCAGAAUUAGUCGCGUGGAGAUCCAUUCAACUGCUAAUGAGACGUGCAGCUGUAACUUUAAGGGGGCUUCUGAGGUAAGAGGACAGGUGACCACGAGGGCGGCCAAUGGGGUGGAAGCCUUUCCUAGAGUUGACCGGCCUGUGGAUCAGUUUCAGCUGACCAAGAAAGGCCAGGGCCAAGGACACACCAGGACAGCCAAGGCUCAGCUGAGGCAGCCCACGCCUGCCGUCCACUCCCAGCAGGUGCCUUCCCAGUUGGACCCUGACGGUGUGACGGAUUCUUUGAAUGGGAAACCAGCGGAAAGCUCUGAUCGUGCUCCUCGGCCAACCAACAACUUAAGCCAAACCGCACAGAUAACAGGCCAGUCACAGCAAUUAGCAAAGCACACGGCUGCCGGCUACAACCUAGUGAACCGGGUACCUGCACCCCCUAGCACUGGGAAAGCCCUCUCGUCCCCUUUGCCUUACAGAAGGGCUGUCUUGACAGGCCCCUACGAGCCUGCCGGUCAGGAUCCUGGGCUCAUGGACUCAGCCAAAAAACCGUCAGUUCACUCUGCUUCCCCCAGUAGUUUCCAGGAACAACGUGUGCCUGGGCUGCAGGAGCAGUGCGACGUGCAGCCGGGUCCCAAGAGGCUCUCCAAGGGUCACCUGCUGGCCUUGUCCACCAAUAAUUGCAAUAACACACAGGCCAAGGGUCAGCCGGAAGCCUCGGUCACUUCUGCAGGAGAAAACGGUGAGGCGCAUAUCCAGGACAUCCAGAAGCUAGACAAGAACAAAGGUCUGCUAUCCUCAUCGUGUGCCGUUCCCCCUGCUACUCCCAACGCCAUCAGUUCCACGGCCAUCGCUCUCUCCCUGACAGCUGAGGAGGCCAAUUCCGCCAUCUCCACGCAGUCACAUGGCAGGGAAGUUCCAAAAGCGGAGGCACAGAAGACCAAACCAGUACGACCAAAUGCAGUCCCGGGCAAACCCUUAGAAACCUACCCAGAGCCAAAUAAGAAGCCGUUUGCCAAGAAAGGGGGCACCGCUACCCCCUCCUCCUCCACGUCUGGGCUGAAGAAAUUCUUCACCUCCUUGAGCCAGAGCACCAAGCAGCGGCUGGGCAGGUUCCGCUGCUACAGCAUGGAACAGAUCUCUGCCUUGGGGGGAGAUGCUCCAGCGGUGCCCGAAGAAGCAGGUGCAGGCGCCACGAGCUCCCCCAAAAUGAAGAAAGCCCCUUCUCUGCAGUCCUUGCGGCUGGUGUCACCCUUCAACCAACCACGGAAAUCCUCUUCUGUUCAAAACCUGCAUUCCCUGUUGGGCAAGACUGACCGGUCCAGCCUCUACCAGCUGGGGGAACCAAAGGAUGGAACGUCUGUGCCGGACAGGAAAGCGGGUGCUCAUCCCAGGCGUUCCCUCAGUGUAGAAGACAUUGGCUCCCCCAACUUGCUAAGGACUGUUGGACGAGUAGUGGAGGUCUUCCCCGAUGGAACCAGCCAACUAGAACUGCAGCGACUCCCACAGGGUACUUUCGGAUUCCGUGUCUCCUCUGGAAACGGGCGCCCUGAUACAGGCCUCUACGUGCAGGAGAUGGCAGACGCGAGCACGGCUAAGCUCUACGCUGGCCUCCUGGGAGUUGGGGAUGAGAUCCUGGAGCUGAACGGUGCCAAGGUUGCUGGACUGGGCCUGGCCCACAUCAACGAGCAGCUCUUGUGGGCGGACACCCUCUCGGUCCGAGUGCUGAGGCAGCGGCCUGUUCGGCGGUAG